ACACCACUUUAUAUAAACUAUCUCUUCUCUCUCUCACCCUCCAUAUCCUCAUCACUUAUCAAUCCCCAAAAAAACACAUUCUCUACUCAUCAUCAAACUAAACUUUCUCAAAAAGACUAGUCAUGGAUCAACCCAAACACCGUUACUUGCAUGUGUUUGCAGCCAUGGCUAUAGCUUUGGCUGUUUUUGUUAGUGCAGAAGAAUCUGUAAAGCCUUUGGUGAAGACAGUAAAGGGUAAGAAAGUUUGUACCAAAGGGUGGGAAUGUAAGGUUUGGUCGGUGUAUUGUUGCAACCAAACCAUUUCAGACUAUUUCCAAUCUUACCAAUUCGAGAACCUGUUUUCUAAGCGUAACUCUCCUGUGGCUCAUGCUGUGGGAUUUUGGGACUACCGCUCUUUCAUCACUGCCUCGGCUGAUUACCAACAUCUUGGCUUUGGUACAACUGGAACCAAGCACACUGCCAUGAAGGAAGUUGCAGCUUUUCUUGGCCAUGUUGGUAGCAAAACCUCUUGUGGAUAUGGAGUGGCCACAGGAGGACCAUUGGCAUGGGGACUAUGCUACAACAAGGAGAUGAGUCCAAGCAAACUAUACUGUGAUGACUACUACAAAUUGACCUACCCUUGUACUCCUGGGGUUUCUUACCAUGGUCGUGGUGCCUUGCCUUUAUACUGGAACUACAACUAUGGAAAAACAGGAGAGGCCUUGAAAGUGGACUUGUUGAGCAACCCAGAGUACUUAGAACAGAAUGCCACAUUGGCUUUCCAGGCUGCAAUUUGGAGGUGGAUGACCCCUGUGAAGAAGCACCAGCCUUCAGCUCAUGAUGUGUUUGUUGGAAACUGGAAACCCACCAAGAAUGACACCUUGUCAAAACGACUACCCGGGUUUGGAGCCACCAUGAAUGUGCUCUAUUCUGAUCAAGUUUGUGGCCAGGGUGAUGUUGAUUCAAUGAGCAACAUGGUCUCUCAUUACUUGUAUUAUCUUGAUCUAAUGGGAGUUGGCAGAGAAGAGGCUGGCCCUCAUGAGACCCUCACUUGUGCUGAGCAGAAACCAUUCAAUCCAUCUUCUGAUUCUGCUUCUUCUUGAGCAAUUAAUACACACCCUUUUUGAAUGAGAAAAGUUGUUAAUAAAGAAUUUAUAUACAAAUAUAUUUUGUGUGAAGGUAAAACCAAAUACCAUUAUGGGCAAUGUGUAUAGACUACUUAUUCAUAAAUAUACUGGUCAUCAUCUGUUUUUGUAAUUGUUUAUCAUCUGAGUUUUGUUAUGGCCUUUUUUGUUCUAUUGUUCUCUAAGUAGUUUGCAUAUACUGAACUCAAAUUGUAUGAAUUAUACCAUUGUUAAAUGUAUGGAGAGCACUUGAUCUCUGUGACAAAUUUUUUGAAAUAAUAUUUCUCAGAACCUCUUUGAUCGA